AUGUCACCCACUUAUGCAUUUUCCGAAAUUCCAACCAUUGACCUGUCUCUAGCGGAGUCUCCUGCUACAAAACCAGAACUUCUCGAGCAGCUACACCAUGCGCUUGUUUCUGUUGGGUUUCUAUACGUGUCCAACCAUGGUGUUCCAAAUGAGACCAUUGCCAAUCUUGUUGAUGUGCUGCCACACUUUUUCAGCUUACCUGACUGGGCAAAGGAGGAAAUCGCCCUGUAUAAUUCUCCCCAUUUUCUAGGAUAUAGCAGCGUUGGCGCAGAGACAACUGGGGGGAAAGCAGAUAGAAGGGAGCAGUGGCCGUCCCAACUCCCGGACCUCAAACCAAUUGUUCAAUCCUACAUCACGGAACUCACGUCGCUUGGCGAGCGCUUUCUCCGCCUUGUAGCGGAAGCCCUUUCCCUCCCUCCAUCAACAUUUAUCCCUUUCCUAUCUGACCAACACCGCCUGAAGCUCGUUCAUUACCCCGGCACCACUUCCUCCAACCCAGCCGAUAACCUCGAAGGAACCCAAGGUGUUGGCCCCCACAAAGACUCCUCGGGUUGGUGGACGUUUCUCCUUCAAGCUUCUCCACCCUCCGUAAAAGGUUUACAGGUGCUCAACAAAGCCGGAAACUGGAUUGACGUUCCUUGUGUUCCCGGCACAUUUGUGGUUAAUAUCGGCCAGGCAUUCGAGGUCGUGACUAAUGGCGUCUGCAAAGCCACCACGCAUCGUAUGCUCAUGGAGCCUGGGUCUGGUGAACGAUUCAGUGUACCAUUUUUCCAGGGGGUCAGGCGCUGUUUAACUAAAGAGGAGGCCGUAGGGAUGUUGAGGGAUGAAUUUCAGAGGACUGUGGCGAUUGGUGACGAGUCUGAAGAAGGAAUGAGGAUUGAUUCGCCGUUUUUGAGAGGGAAGUAUGAUACGUGGGGUGAAUCGCAGUUGAGAACAAAGGUGGGGAGCCACAGGGACGUGGGCAAGAAGUUUUACGCCAAGGUUUAUGAAACGUAUGUGAAUGAUGAUUGA